UCAGGUUCCGUAGCUGUAACCGUGGAACCACAGUCACUCUUCACUCACUCAUUCAGACAGCCAGAGGUUACACAUUCCUGCCCUGGGAAUUCUCUGCACUCAGGAGGUGAUCAAAGCUCCUCUUCUGUUGUCUGACAGGCCUGACUUGGACGGGUACCAGGACCUUAGCUGGUCUGAUGCCUCUAGACCUGAUUUGACUUGUCCGUCCCUCUGUGUUUGGAAUGGAGCUGCGACCCUAUCAGUGGGAGGUGAUCAUGCCUGCCCUGGAGGGCAAGAAUAUCAUCAUAUGGCUGCCCACGGGCGCUGGGAAGACCCGGGCAGCCGCUUACGUGGCCAAGAGGCAUCUAGAGACUGUGGACGGAGCCAAGGUUGUUGUGUUGGUCAACAGGGUGCACCUGGUGACCCAGCAUGGUGAAGAGUUCAGCCGCAUGCUGGACGGACGCUGGACCAUGACAACCCUCCGAGGAGACAUGGGGCCACGUGCUGGCUUUGGCUACCUGGCCCGGUGCCACGACCUGCUCAUCUGCACAGCUGAGCUGCUGCAGUUGGCACUGACGAGCACUGAGGAGGAGGAGCACGUGGAGCUCACUGCCUUCUCCCUGCUUAUAGUGGAUGAGUGUCACCACACGCACAAGGAUACUGUCUACAAUGUCAUCCUGAGCCGGUACCUAGAGCACAAACUCCAGAAGGCAUGCCCUGUACCCCAGGUGCUGGGUCUCACAGCCUCCCCAGGCACCGGCAGGGCCUCUAAGCUCGAUGGGGCAAUUGACCACAUCCUACAGCUGUGCGCCAACUUGGACACGUGGCGCAUCAUGUCACCCCAGAACUCCCGCCCCCAGCUGCAGGAGCACAACCAGCAGCCCUGCAAACAGUACGACAUCUGCAACGGGCGCAGCCAGGAUCCAUUUGGGGACUUGCUAAAGAAGCUUAUGGGCCAAAUCCAUGACCAGCUGGAGAUGCCUGAGUUGGGCCGGGACUUUGGGACGCAGACUUAUGAGCAGCAAGUGAUGGAGUUGAGUCAGGAUGCCGCUAAGGCGGGGCUGCAGCAGCGGCGCGUGCAUGCACUUCACCUGCGGCGUUACAACGACGCGCUGCUCAUCCACGACACGGUCCGCGCCGUGGACGCCCUGGCCACGCUGCAGGAUUUCUACUACAGGGAGCGCAUCACUAAAACCCAGAUCCUGUGUGCCGAGCGCUGGCUGCUGGCGCUGUUCGAUGACCACAAGAAUGCGCUGGCCUACUUGGCAACUCACGGCCCAGAGAAUCCAAAACUGGAGAUGUUGGAAAAGAUCCUUCGAAAGCAGUUCUCAAGCCCCGACAGCCCCCGGGGCAUCAUUUUCACCCGUACCCGCCAGAGCGCUCGUUCCCUCCUGCUCUGGCUCCAGCAGCAGCCAGGCCUGCAGACCAUGGACAUCAGGGCCCAGCUGCUGAUUGGGGCCGGGAACAGCAGCCAGAGCACCCACAUGACCCAGUGGAACCAGCAAGAAGUGAUCCAGAAGUUCCGGGUUGGCAGCCUGAACCUUCUGGUGGCCACAAGCGUGGCGGAGGAAGGGCUGGACAUCCCCCAGUGCAACGUGGUGGUGCGCUAUGGGCUCCUGACCAAUGAGAUCUCCAUGGUCCAGGCGAGGGGCCGUGCCAGGGCGGAUCAGAGCGUGUACUCCUUUGUAGCGGCUGCGGGCAGUCGGGAGCUGCGGCGGGAGCUGACCAAUGAGGCACUGGAGACGCUGAUGGAGCAGGCAGUGGCUGCUGUGCAGAAGAUGGACAGGGCCGAGUACCAGGCCAAGAUCCGGGAUCUGCAGCAUGCAGCCCUGGUCAAGCGGGCAGCCCAGGCGGCCCAGCGGGAGAGUCGGCGACAGCAGUUCCCAGCAGAGGAUGUGCAGCUACUCUGCAUCAACUGCAUGGUAGCCCUGGGCCACGGGAGUGACCUGAAGAAGGUGGAGGGUGCCCACCACGUCAAUGUGAACCCCAACUUCUCGAUCUACUACACUGUCUCCCAGGAGCCUGUGGUCAUCAACAGAGUCUUCAAGGACUGGAAGCCUGGGGGUGCCAUUCGCUGCAGGAAUUGUGGGGAGGGCUGGGGUAUGCAGAUAAUCUACAAGUCUGUGAAGCUGCCGGCACUCAAAGUCCGCAGCAUGCUGCUGCAGACCCCUCAAGGGCGGAUCCAGGCCAAAAAGUGGUCCUGCGUGCCCUUCCUUGUGCCUGACUUCGACUUCCUGCAGCACUGUGCCCAGAGCCUGUCGGACCUCUCCCUGGACUGACCACCUUGUCGCUGCAGUGCCCCGCUCAGACUGCAGGGGGCAGGGUAGUCCACAGCAGCCAUCACCUUCCCCUGGACAAAGCCUGGGUCCGGGCCCCUCCUUCCUGAGUCACCAGCUCUGGGCACCGAGCUGACCAGCCUCAGAGGAGCCCCUGGUGC